UUUUUGAAAAAGCCUCAUUGUACCCAGGGGACAAAGACUAUGAAUUCACCUGAUCCUUGGAAAUCACUAGAAGUACAAUUUUGCUUUGCUUUUGUUAACAAUUCAUGCCCUAAAAAUGUGAGGUCUGUGUUGAGUGCCUUUGCCAUGUACGUGGUCAUGACUGGGGCUAUAGUGAUGACCAUGCUAGGCAACAACAUGGCCGUCAUCAUUUCCAUUGCCCACUUCAAGCAACUCCACUCCCCCACCAACUUCCUGAUCCUCUCUAUGGCCACCACCGACUUUUUGCUGAGCUGUGUGGUCAUGCCCUUCAGUAUGAUCAGGUCCAUUGAGUCCUGCUGGUACUUUGGAGACCUCUUUUGCAAAGUCCACAGCUGCUGAGACAUCAUGCUCUGCACCACCUCCAUUUUUCAUCUCUGCUUCAUCUCAGUUGACCGCUACUAUGCUGUUUGUGACCCACUGCAUUAUGUCACCAAAAUUACCAUCCCUGUCAUAGAGGUCUUUCUACUUAUCAGUUGGUCCUUCCCUACCUUUUUUGCCUUUGGCUUGGUAUUCUCAGAAUUAAACAUAAUUGGUGCAGAAGAUUUUAUUGCAGCCAUCGACUGCACAGGUUCAUGUAUGUUGAUAUUUAACAAGCUCUGGGGAAUUCUGGCCUCCUCUAUAGCGUUCUUUCUCCCUGGCACAGUAAUGGUGGGCAUUUACAUACACAUUUUCACAGUAGCCAGGAAGCAUGCUAAGCAAAUUGGCACAGGGCCUAAGAUGAAACAGUUUGGGUCAGAAAGCAAAAUAAAGGACUCAUCCAAAAAAGAAAGCAAGGCCACCAAGACAUUAAGCAUAGUCAUGGGAGUUUUUCUGUUGUGCUGGUUACCUUUCUUUGUCAUGAUUGUCAUAGACCCUUUCAUUAAUUUUGCAACCCCUGAAAAUUUGUCCCAUGCCUUCUUCUGGCUGGCUUAUUUCAAUUCAACCUUCAAUCCCGUUAUAUACGGCAUGUUUUAUCCCUGGUUUCGCAAGGCAUUGAGAAUGAUUGUCACAGGGACUAUCUUCCGCCCUGACUCUUCUACCCUAAGCCUGUUUCCUGCACAUAGUUAGGCAAUGCUCCCCAACCCUAAGAUUUUUUUUUGGUAGAGAAUCCUAGAUGCUGUUUCUCUCUAGAGGCAGAGGCAGGGGCUAACUCAGGAAGGACAUUCUUCUAGUAAGUAUAACAGACACUUAAGUAAAUCCAAUAGGUUAAGACUUCCAGAUCAAAGCCACCAAAGUAGGCAAUUUCUGGGGUUCUGGGGAAGACACAUCCAAUAAACAAAACAAAACUCUCUUCCAAGUCUUGCUGAUUCCCAAAUUAGCACAAUUAGCAAUUUAAAAUUUCACUCAUUGUCUUAAAUCAAAGAGGAUUUUUCUCGCUUUAACUUGUAAAGAACAUCAGUAGAGGAAACACAGUAUGUCUUCCCAAUCAUUGCAAGUCAUGUAUAACUGAGUUUAUCUACAUAUUUCUUGAGAUAGCUUGAAUAUACCAGAGGCCUAAAUUAUAGAGCAUGAGUUUGGCAAGGAGGGGGAGAAGGAAGCAGAGUUAUAGUUACUUCCAAUUUUGUUGGUUUUGACUUAAAUAUCCCUUUUCAAAAAGAAUUAAUCUGAAGUUUGCAAUCAUUUGAUAAAAUUGGACUAUUUUAUUAAAUAAGAGGAAUGAAUAAAGAAAGCGUUUAGGAAAAUAUUCUUUCCUUCACUCAACAUCUACUUUUUGUCUGUAUAUAAAUUCUCCCUGUGUGUAUUCAUACAGACGGUGCCCACAUGUAUGGGUAUGUUUGUGCACAUACUAGCUAUCCAACAAGAUUAACUUUAUACACAAAACUGAAGUCCUUUCCCUUUCUCAGAGUUUUAGGAUAGCAUUUAC